ACUUAGAGCUCGUUCCCACCUGUCGGCUAUCGGAUCCGUAUAUUAAUCGGAUGUCGGCGCCUUUGUUCACACACACGAUUAAUAAUCGGUUGUCGGCCACGGUCGAAGCUAGUGCCAAUUUCAAGCACUCUACGCGAGGCGAUUGUGCACGAUGGACGUCGACGAAGCUCUUGUUGUGAUGUAUUAUUAUUUGAGAAGAAAACGAAGAAAGACAGCCAAGGAAAGAAAAUAUUGGGUGCACCCAAUCCUGAGAGAAAGAUUUAGUUUGGGAACAUUUCAGAAUUUAAUAACAGAAUUGAGGAGUGACGAAAUUAAGUUUUUCAAUUAUUUUAGAAUGUCGAUAACUACAUUCAACCAUCUAUUGGCUCAAAUAUCAGUGAGCAUAAACUACCAAAAUACGAGAUUUAGAGACUGCAUUUGUACUGAAGAAAGGUUGGCGAUAUUUUUAAGAUAUUGCGCAUCGGGUUGUUCCUUCAAAGAAUUGCACUAUAGUUACAGAGUUGGUGUGUCAACUAUUAGUAAAAUCUGCAAAGAAAUUAGUUCCACUAUCUGGGAUGUAUUAAGAGACGAGUUCAUGCAAAUUCCUGAUAAUGAGCGUAAAUGGUUGGAAAUUGCAAAAAGUUUUGAUAUGAAAGCCAACUUUCCGCACUGUCUUGGAGCAGUUGAUGGUAAGCACAUAAGAGUGGUGAAACCAAACAAUACUGGCUCGAUGUAUUUUAAUUACAAAGAUUAUUUUUCAUUUGUUUUACUAGCCGUUGUUGAUUCAGAAUAUCGUUUUAUUUUUAUGAGUGUUGGCUCGUAUGGAAAAGAAUGCGAUUCUUCAAUAUUCAAGGAGUCAACUAUAUGGAAGAAACUGAAUGAUGGUAGUUUAAAUAUACCAAAACCAAGGCCUCUACAUGCAACACUUCAAAAUGAUAUGCCUUAUGUUCUCGUGGGCGAUGAGGCUUUCCCUCUGUCAACAAAUUUGUUAAGACCUUUUGGAGGCACUCAUUUAGACCACAUGAAAAAAAUAUUUAACUAUCGUUUAAGUCGGGCAAGAAGGUACGUUGAAUGCGCAUUCGGUAUUUUAGCCAAUAAAUGGAGAAUAUUUCAUCGGCCACUGGAUGUCCACCCAGACACGGCUAUCGAAAUUGUAAAAGCGUGUACAGUAUUACACAAUUUUGUAAGAGAAAAGGACGGUCUGAACUUUGAAGAUAUUCAUUAUGCGGCAGAAAAUCCGAUGCAAGAACAAGUACAACUGCAAAACUGUAAUCCACGUGGUGGUCCUAUUGCAAAUGAUAUACGGUCUGAAUUUGCAAACUACUUCGUUUCAACAAUAGGCUCGGUGCCUUGGCAACCAGAAGCGCAUGGUUAAUAUUUAUGUUUUGAAUUUUACGUAUAUUAUUAAAUAAAUAACUUCAAACACUUACCACA